AUGGCGUCGGCAGGCACGCCAGGAUCUCGCGGAAAGCAGCAGGAGCACACCCCAUUAUCAAACGAAAGACCCGAGAAACCUCCUCUAACCAGGGAUUCCAGUGUAAUGCAACAAGUUUCCCAUUUCAUCGGCAUCUCUGGUAGUGGUCAAGAGGCGAAUCAAGAAAAAUCGAAAUGGGACAAAAAACGGUUACGAAGAAUCGCUCAGAAAUACAGUCUAAACGGGAAUGAGGUGCAGAAAAUCGAUGACGUGGAAAAAGGAAUUAUUGCUCAGCGAGUCUCCGCAAGGACACCAGUCGGCCGUAUUGGCCACACGCCUUCUUUUCCCAACUAUGAAUCGACGUCUACAAGUUUUGAAGGCUCACGACAGAGAGCUGACAGCUUCUCACAGACACAGGACCUCUCUCAAUCUCGGUUGUCUCGAAUGUCAUCUCAACAACGGGAAUCUGUCUCCUCGGCUGUGCUGAGUUCGGUUUCGAAUUUUUUGAAAAAGGGCUCGUUCAUCAACAAAAAGCGCCUGAAACUCCAGUCGUCUCUCGCCACAAAAUGCUCGUUUGACAUCGAUACGGUCACAGAAUCUCCGUUUCCAGAAUCCACAACGACGCCGUCGUCAGAAGACGUGUCACCAGCUGGAAUUGUUUUUCAGACGACGUCUGCUGGCGACGUGGCAACGAUUCCAGAAUCGAUUGAAAUGAAGACGUUUCCGAGAGGAGGAGGAAGAGUGAAGGAGUUAGAGAAACCAGGUGGAAUUCCAGAGGAGACGUCGUUCGAAGUGGAAAUUGAGGAAAUGGGAGAUAUUGAUGAGGCGCAGGGAGGAGAGAUGGAUCCCUCUGCCAUGUCUCGAAUGACUGCCAAGAUCCGAAAGAAGUCGUCCGUUCGCGUCCCCCCGCUUGCCCGCUUCACUGACCAUGAGCCACAUCUAACAGAGAGCAAAUCUGCUCCACCGCCACUUCUUCAACGCUUCAAAACGACGACAACUCCAGAGCGACCUUGUAAUCUAGGAGAAGGAACAAGGCCAAUAAUCCAUCCAUCCAGCUCAUUGCCUAGUAGAGUUGGAUCGCUGAGAUUGAAGAAGAAGACGUCACGACAGGAGGAUGAGGUGCUGGAGAUGUUGGCUGAAGAAUCGGAACAGAAGGAUCGUGAGGAUGGGAGGGCGGGGCCAAGUUUUAGAAUGGCAGCUAGGAGUAGAAGGCCCGCCUAUCUCCCCAUCGAACGAUCUAUCUCCCUGGUCGACGAGGUCUUCUUCGACACUCCCAAACCCCAUCUCCGUCCCAUACCCUCUGAACUUCAAGGACCCGCCGGGAUGUUUCCCCCAGAAGUGGACCAUUACCAUCCGGACAUUGCUCAGUCCCCACCAACCUCCGCAAGACUCUCUACAGCAAGCCCGUACCCCUUCGAAACUGCCAAGAUUACUGUAGUCCCUGAAGUCGUUGGCUAUCCCCACGCAGCCAACAUCACAUACAUCGAUGUGGGAGAUAGCACUAUAAAUGUGCCAAAGGCAACGGCUUUGGGAGCACGAGAGGGACCGGUGGCUAGUAAACGACCGGAUAGGAUUGAUAGUCACCGUCAUCAGCUGAUUCGCCAGCACACGGCUUUUGUUGAACCUCUGGAGGACCCAAUUUUAAGGCAGUAUAAACAAAAACACGACCGAAAAAAGGCAGAAACCUCUAGAUUCGCUCAAAAAAUCGCUGAAACCAAGCCAGCCAAGCGUCAGCGUGGAAUUGGGAUCUUUGGAAAAGUCUUCAACCGAUCCUACAAAGACGAUCUGGCUCCAGAGAUCCGUUUGAUUCUAGAAGAGGGUGCAGAGGAGCGAACUUGGUUCACCUACUGGAUGAUCACAAUUCAAACAGUUGUCUGUAUCCUCAGUCUAGCCUUGUAUGGCUUAGGACCUUGGGGCUACUCGGUGACACAGCUAUCCGAUGAUGUCAUGGAUGUUACUUUGUCCAAUAGACGGGUUUCUUACCUAGAGCAAGACAAUCUUUGGUUGGGACCACAUUACGCUGAUUUGAUACGUCUUGGAGCCGUCUACUCGCCUUGUAUGCGUCGGGAGUUCAAGUUGUGGCAAGCGAUAGAGGAGGAGAGGCAGAAGGAGAAUCAGACAGGCUGUUGUAUAGCGAAUGAUCAUAGUGGAUGCUAUCAGAGUAGCGCGACUAUUUGUCCGAAUCCGGAUAUCUCCACCGUCAAGACGAUUUCCAAUAAAUUCGUUCGAUACAGUGUUAAAAAAGAGGCGAUCGAUGCGUUGAAGAAGUUUGGAAUGUUGAAGAAUAAUGCUGAGCAAACAUCGGAUGACUCUUAUCAUGAAUCCAGUAAAAGAGCAAGACGCAACGUUGCUCGCUGGGUUCGAUGGGACAAGCCAGAUACACUAGCCGCCAAACGCAACUUCCUGACUCAAAAAUCCAAGUCCGACACCGACUUGCUACGUGGCAUCAACACUACAAUACUUAACAUCUGGAAGCAACAACGGAAGUCUGGAGCAGUAUGUGGGCAGGAUCCUUCCUACUGCGAGUCUCCAUCCUCCGUGGCACCUCACGAGUGGCCAGAUGACAUCACACAGUGGCCGAUUUGUGAGAAGAAGCACGAAGGGGCGGGGCUACCGGAACACGUGGCUUGCGAGGUGACAGGCCGCCCGUGCUGCAUCCAGCUUCAAGGACUCUGUCGUAUUGCCACCAAACAGUACUGCGAUUUCGUGAACUGUUUCGCGGGUGUCUGCGGAAUGAUGCCGUUCUUUGGCGCCUAUCCAAAUCAGUUUUAUCGACUGUUCACUUCGCUUUUCAUCCAUGCUGGAAUCAUUCAUUUAGCACUAUCGGUUGGGUUUCAGUGGUGGGUCAUGCGCGACUUGGAAUUCAUGAUCGGCUCGAAACGAAUGGCCAUUUUGUACUUUUGCAGUGGAAUCGGUGGAAAUUUAGCCUCGGCCAUUUUUGUGCCCUUUAAUCCGGCGGUCGGACCGUCGAGUGCGUUGUGUGGAGUUAUGGCAGCGGUUGUCGUGGAUUUGUAUCAUCAUAGGCAAGAGAUGACGCUUAUCAGUGAGUUCAGCUGUGCCCUGUACCAACAACUUUUCGUUAUUUGUGUCUAUUUGGCGUUUGGCCUGAUUCCAUGGAUCGAUAAUUGGGCCCAUCUGUUUGGAUCGAUUUUCGGUUUUCUUGCCACAAUUAUAAUCUUCCCCUACCUCGACUUUCCCGCCGAAGACGACAAGGUUCCGCUGAUCACACCUGCGACAGGAGCUACCGUACCCAACACCCCCAUAAUUCCACGUGGCUCAAUGAGCACAAUAAUCAAUACAGCGGAGACGCCAAUGAUGACCGUUCAGGGAUACAGUCAGCUGACGAAUGGGACCUCCUCAGUGGCGCCCGGCAAUUCGGCUGUAGGAUGGUUGUGGGCUGCUGUCAGGAAUAAGAGAACGUUCUACGUGCUCAUCUCCUUCAUCGUCCUGUGCCUUCUACUAUUCUUCCUCAUCGUCAUCUUCUUUGGAAACGUCCAAUUCGACUGCCCCCUAUGCAUCUAUUUCAACUGUCUCCCAGUGUUCGAUUGCCAUAAUCAAGGGCAAAAGUUGAAGAAGUGGCUGCCGAUUUAG